AUGUCGAGAGGCAUCAACCUCUUCCCCUUACCGCCACGUCCUCGCUUUCCCGCUCUCAACAUUCUCGAAGCAACAAAGAUCAGCAUCAAUCGCGUGCCACUCCCUCUUCUUCCGUUUCCGCUUCCGCCUCUGACCCUUCCGCCGCGUCGCCCGCGCUCGGCGCGCUUCACAGGCUCCUCCCGUCCGGAGCCUGGUGCCUUCCGCGCUGCUGGCGCAGGCGCUGGCGGCGGCGCCGCGGAUGCGUACACGUGGCAGACGGUGGAUAGCGGCGUCGCGGGCAGCUUAGAGUAUCGCAUGCGCUUUAAAGACCGCCUCGGGCGCACGUGCUCCCCCUGGCACCACAUACCUCUUAAUACCCGCAACGGUCACGUGCACGUGGUUUGCACGACGCCUAAGAAAUCCUGGGCGCGCUUCGAAGUCGCAGCGGAUGAAGAUUUUUCCCCCCUGAGGCUUGCGCGCAAAUCGUUAGGGGAAGGAGCGGGUAUCGGGGGAGCGGAAGGCGCGUGGGGGGGAGGAAGCGGCGCAGGGAUCGGCGGAGGCGCGGAAGGCGCGGGGGGAGUUUCUUCCGCCGUGGUUCCGCUGCACUACGCUUCGAACUGCCCGUGGAACGUGGUGAUGCUGCCGCAGACGUUUGCGGACCCGCAGUUGCCGAACCUGGACUACCUAGGGUUGCGCUACGACGGGCGCCCGCUGGAAAUGGUGGAGCUGGGGCGCAAGGCGCGCAAGAGAGGACAGGUAUACGCGGUGAAGGUGGUAUCUGCCUUCGCGCUCGUCGACCUGCCGACCAUGCGCCUUUCCUGGAAGCUUCUAGGCAUGGCCGUCAGCGACAGGCGCGCGCGGCGCGUGAGCGACGCGGGGGACGUGCACCGCGUGAUGCCCGGAACCCUAGAAGAGGUGCGCGAGUGGCUGCGGCAGAGCGAGCGCGUGCGCGCGCACGAGCGCGAGUGGGUGUUCGGGCUGAACGAGCGCGCGGGGGACGCGCUCCUCGCGGGGAGGCUCGUGGCGGAGGCGCACGCCGCCUGGCAGCGCCUCAUGGCGCGCGCUCCGCCGCGCACGCCCGCUCCCCUUCACACCCCCCCUCACACUCCCACUCACUCGCACCCCCCUCCCUCAACCCCCCCUCACUCGUCCACCUCUGGUACCUCCACCCCCUCGCACAUAGCCACUCCUCCCCGCGCUACCUCCUCCUCCUCCGCCACACCCCCGCGUCUGUAUCACAGUGACUCUGAUGCGUCGUUACAGUCAGCGGGCACAGGGCAUGAGUCAGUUUCCACAUCAGCGGGUGCUGCUGCUAAUGGUGCUGCCGGCGCUGGUGCUGGUGCUGCUGCUGGUGCUGCUGGUGGUGCUGGUGCUGGUAGCAGCGGCAGCAGCAGCAGCAGCAGUGGGGUGGAGGAGCGUGUGUUGCCAGUCAACGUGAUCCCACUGCGUGACCCCAGGGCGAAGCUGCUAGUGCGGGCCAUGAGACGACCUGACGCCACAGAAAGUGUGCUUGCUUUCAAUGGGUCGGAUGAUGAAGGGGAGGAGGAGGAGGAGGAGGAGGAGGAGGACGGUGAGGAGAGUGAGGAAGGUGAGGAAGGAGGGGAGGGUGAGAAGGGGGAGAAGAGUAAGGGAGAGGAAGGGGAGGGUGAUGGUGGUGUUGAUGGCGCUGGUACUUCUAGUGGCGGUAGGGACAGGGGGAGUGGGAAGGGAAAGAAGGGUAAGGGUGCGGUAACCGUUACGUGUUCGCGCAGGGAGCUGCUUCGGUUUCUGAGGUCAACCGAUCCGCGCCUCUCUCGCCCGGCAUAUAUCGCAUUCAACAAGGGGUUGAUUCAUAUGGACGAGCAGGAGCAGCAUAAGGAAGAGCUUGGCGGGGAUACAGACGAGGGGGGCGGAUUUCCUGAUUCUUCGGCCGCUGCUGCCGCUGCCGCUGCUGGUGUUGGUAAUGUUGCUGGUUCUGGUUCUGGCAAAAGCGGGUCUAGGGGCGCAGGGAGGGUUUUCGAAGAUGCCACUGCCCGUUCGGAUGGGGUGUAUGAGGAGGGUGGGGGACCGGCGGGUGGGAGCGGCGAGGGGAGCGCUGGUGGUGCUGUUGCUGCGCAGGCGAGCCGUUUAGACUCGGAUGGGGCGUUGGGAAGCGGAGGAGCUGGGGGGAUUGGGGGAGGAGGAGGGGGCGGGGAUGGGGAUGGGAGGAUAGUGGGAAAGAGCAGCAGGAGGAGUGGUGGUGGCAGCAGCAGCAGCAGCCACAGGAGUGGGGUGAGUAGCUGGGCGCGGCAAUUGGGGAAGGUGGAGGAAGAGCCAGAGGAAGAGGCAGCAGAGGUAGAGCAAGUGAGUGGAGGAGACGAAAGGGAGGAAGGGGCGGAAGGGGAGGAAGGUGAGGAGGAGCAUGUGAGGGAUGGAGAUGGGAGGGAGGUGGGGGGAAAGGGAGGCAGGGUUGCAAAGGGCGGGGAUGGGUUGGCGGAGAGCAGAAGAAGUGGUGGAGGUGGAGGAGUAGGGCAAGUGUGUGCGGAUGCUGACCAAGUGUACCAUGGAGCCACACAUGCAGGCACAGCAUUGACUGUAUGGAUGGCGGUGGUGGUACUGCUGAUGGGAUAG